AUGUGGCAUGCCGGCCACUGGAGGAGGAAAAGGAGAGGAAGAGAGAGAGAGGAGAGACGGCUCGAUGGUGGCGGCUCAGUGGCAAAGAAAUUUAUAGGUGGAUUUCGGCUCAUUCACCACAGCGAUUCUCGCGCCGGUUGUGCGGAAUCGGCGGCUGUUCAAGCGGCCAUAGGGCAGCUGCAGAACGAACAUGGGGCGGCCGUGGGGCUGCCGCGGAGCGCCAACGGCGCCUCUGCUCCAUCUCGCCCGAGAAAAGUGGAGCAGGGGAUCGCAAUCGUGAUCCCCUGUUUUGCUGCUUCUAUUGCGCCAAGGGCUGGAGUCGGCUGGGCCUGCCGAUUUCAGCCUAUUAAGGCCCUAUUCUCACAAGACCAUUGCUUCCAUAAACAUUAUGAGAUAGGAUUGCUUCCAAAGUAUAAAAUGCCUCCAUCCUCCAAACCACGCGACCGGCGAACCGCGCCCGAUCAAAGGAAACCCCUCUCUCGAAGCGAUCCGAUCCCAAUUCUGGCGAAGGAAAAUCCCAAGCAGUUCUCAGCAAACCCUAUUUUCUAUUCUAUUCCUUCUCCAUUCACCUUUCCUUCUUCAUCUUCCUUGUUCUCUUCCCUCAGGAUCGUCCCCAAGCGCCUGAGCUGGGAGUUCUCCACCGCACGGGAGGGCAUCCACCACGAUCCAUCGGACCCGGACGAUUCCUCGCCGGAGGCGACCAGCAACGUGGAAGAUCCGGCGGAAACUCAUAAGCCUUUAAUCUCGGUUUCUUUCAAGAUUGACGAGAUCGUAGUGGUGGAAUCCGGCGAGCCCACCGGCGGAUGCACCGAUUCUGAUGCUGCGGAGAGGGAGGAGAAGGAGAUGGACAAAGAGAAGGUGAGGGCUGUGUUGGUGAUAGAUCGCGUGCGAGAAGCUCUGCUCGAGAUCGGUGCACCGGACUUGAGCGAUGGAUCCAAAAAGGCGGUGGAAGCUCUGGUCGAGAUCGUGAUCGGAGAUGUGGGCAUGGAUUCGAGGGCGAGAGAUGGGCUGUCGAAUCUUGACCUCUGGGCAGAUGUGCGCACCGUGAUCCUCAUUUGCCUGAUUUAGCUGCUGGUGGUGUUGUACGCCUUCGUGGCCACGGCUUUCUCGUUUGGCCGCGGACGGGAAGAAGCUUUUGUCGACUCGCCCCCUAUCUGAAUUCUUCUUCUAAUUGUUUCCAAGAAAAGAAGGGUUGGUGGUCUCGGCGUUGUGAUCGGCGAUGGACGGGCUCUAUCUUUUCACGGCGUGCCUCCAUCCGAGUUUUUGUUGUGAGAUGAUGGAUAUGGAUCAAAGCACAAAUAACUCCUGUACCAGGAUGAUAUUAAUGCCCCUUCCCAACAGCACGAUUUGGUGGGUUUUUGGCAAUGGCAUAGAGCUCCAUUUAAAAAUGGAACAAUUAUAACUUCAAUUAAGAAGAACAAUGUUAUGAUAAAACCGUUGUGAAGAAUUGUGAAGAAUUGCAGAAGGGAGGUGUCUUCAGGGAGAAGCUUCGGAGACGCAAAAACAUCAUCAUCAGAUCUCUUUCCUGAUCCUGCCAAUAGAAGGACAAAAUCCUUUGGAGGUCAGCUGAGUAUAUCAUCUGGGAAGGGCCUCUUGAUAUGGUACCAAUCUCCCAACUCUUAAAGCACUGACAUUUUUUCCUCUAAGAAAUCCACUUAUAAGAUAAAUAUAGAGAGGUGAGUCUAUUAAUUACUCUCCUUUUCUCUCUCUCUCAUUUCCAUGUUUCUCUUCUCUGAUUUACCAGUGUACCUCCGACAAUGUCAAGGGCUCUAUCAAUCGGUAAUAACCAGUUUUUUUUCAACCCCUCAGCAUCGUCCCCUUUUCUCCAUCAUCUUUCUUCUUUUUCUGUCAAAUUUCAACUUCAAAUCUACUCUGACUCAAGGCCUUUGUCACGCCGUCGCCGACCUCUCCCUCCCAGCAUCACCUUCUCAUCUUGUUGAGGAGGAUACCAUGAGCAGUAGGUUGAGCUCAUCGUUGAAAAUCUUGAGGAGGUAUACAAAGUCAAACUAGCACGUAUGAAAUAUUAAUAAAGCUCGUGUGUAUUAUCCAGACAUUAUUAACAAAAUAAUAUUGUUGACUAUGUAUUACCUUGAUUUGAGGUAUAUGUUAAUAAAGUGUAGGUAUGUAUCAA